GUAUGCCUCUUGACCUGUGAAGAAAAAUAAAAAGAGGAAAGAAUGAGGAUUUCUCUUUUUUUUUUUUUUACGAAAAUCUUUGAUUUAAGAAGAUCCAAUGGUCCAAUCUUCGAUCCGUCUUCAGAAACGUAAUCCUAACACUCGGAUCUACAUUUCUACCGAUCAUUUUGAGGCUUUGUGUUAUUUGGAGCUUGCAAAGAUUCUCCGAACACCGGGUAUUAUUUGGCUAUACCUGCUGGAUUAUUUGACGGUACUUUUCAUGUUCCGAAACUUAAUGGCAAUAAUUUUACUAAAUGGAAAGAGAGCUUGCUCUUUACAUUAGGGUGUUUGGAAUUAGACCUGGCACUCCGGACGGAUGAACCACCCGCUUUAACGGCUACUAGUACUGCACUAGAGAUGGCUAAACAUGAAAGGUGGGAGCGAUCCAAUCGCCUCAGCUUAAUGUUUAUGCAAUCUCACAUUGCCAAAGGCAUUAGGGGUUCCAUCCCUGAAUGUUCUAAGGCUAAGGAUUUUUUGAAAGCCGUUGAAGCACAGUUUGUGAGUUCAACUAAAGCCAUGGCCAGCACUCUAAUGAAGAGACUAUCAAGUCAAGCCUUCGAUAGUUCCAAAGGUGUGCGUGAGCACAUCAUGAAAAUGAGGGAUAUAGCAGCUCAAUUAAAGUCCCUUGAGGUUGAGAUUUCCGAAUCCUUCUUGGUCCAUUUGGUUCUCAACUCUCUUCCUCCUCAGUAUGGUCCCUUUAAGAUUUCAUACAACACACAUAAGGAUAACUGGUCGAUUAAUGAACUCUUGACCAUGUGUGUUCAAGAGGAAGAGAGGUUGAAACAUGAGAAACCAGAAAGUGCUCACUUGGUUGCUCGUGCUAAGGCAAAGACUAAGAAAUGCAAGGCUGCCCACCACUCCAAGAAAGGAAACAAGGUGUCAUUCAAAGGCAAUAAAGAUGCUUGUUUCUUUUGCAAGAAGCAGGGGCACAUGAAGAAAGAAUGCCAGAAAUACAUUAAAUGGCUGGAAAAGAAAGGGAUUUCUCAAAACAAGGAAGCCGAUAAGAAGUGAGCAACGUGUUUACUCGGGAAAUAAAUUGUUCUCACCGAUCGUAGCAGUUGGGACUUAUAAACUUAUUUUGAAAACUAGAUAUGUACUAGACCUUGAGAAU